AUGAAAGUUGAAGAAGCUAAGAGGAAAGAAGCGAUGGAGAGGCAGAGGAAAGAGGAGGAACGGUAUCGAGACCUCGAGGAGCUGCAACUACAAAUUGAAGAAGAAGAAGAGCGUCUCAAACAGAUGAAACUCUUGGGCAAGAACAAAUCUCGACCCAAGUUAUCCUUUGCAUUUGACUCCAAAUGA